GAAAGCACCAGCAAAUGCUAAACAAAAAAAAAAAUCACCACGCCGCACUAGACCGAUUCACUGUGAUAAAAGUGGGCAAGUUUUAAUCAGAUUCUUAAAUGAAGAUUUGAGUAAAACUUGCGCUAAGUUCAAACGGGGCGUAUUAGUAUAAAAAUCAAACAACCCAAACUACGUUUAAGGCUAGCAAAUAUGAAUCUGCUCGAUUUUUCCUACACUAUAUUGAUCAGUGCUGCGGUUCUGCUGCUCGUUGCUGACGAUGCACUUGCCGGAAGGGAUUUCUACAAAAUUCUAGGACUGCGAAAAACGGCUAGCAAAAAUGAAAUUAAAAAAGCUUACAGAACACUAGCAAAGGAGCUGCAUCCCGACAAAAACAAAGACGAUCCGGAUGCGUCGCAAAAGUUUCAAGACUUGGGUGCUGCCUACGAGGUACUGUCGGACGAUGACAAACGAAAGCUUUACGAUCGGUGCGGUGAGGAGUGCGUGAAGAAGGAAGGCAUGAUGGACAACACGGAUCCGUUCGCACAGUUUUUCGGCGACUUUGGUUUUGGAUUCGGUGGUCAGGAGCAGCGUGAAACGCCUCGCGGUGCGAACAUUGUGAUGGACCUGCACGUCACGCUGGAGGAACUGUACAGUGGGAACUUUGUGGAAAUUACCCGCAACAAACCGGUCAUGAAACCCGCAUCCGGUACGCGAAAGUGCAACUGUCGGCAGGAAAUGGUGACACGUAACCUUGGACCGGGCCGGUUCCAGAUGAUGCAACAAACGGUGUGUGACGAAUGCCCGAACGUGAAGCUCGUCAACGAGGAGCGCACGAUCGAGAUCGAGAUCGAGCCCGGCAUGGAGGAUGGACAGGAGACGCGAUUCUCCGGCGAAGGUGAACCACACAUGGACGGUGAUCCGGGUGAUUUGUUGCUAAGGAUCAAAACUGUCCCGCAUACCCGGUUCGAACGGCGGGGCGAUGAUCUGUACACGAACAUCACGAUCAGCUUGCAGGAUGCGUUAGUUGGGUUUACGCUCGACAUUGUGCACCUGGACGGACAUAAGGUGACGGUUACGCGCGAAAAGGUAACGUGGCCCGGUGCGAGAAUACGCAAGAAUGGCGAAGGAAUGCCAAACUAUGAGAACAACAAUCUUCAUGGCACGCUGUACAUAACGUUUGAUGUCGAGUUCCCGAAAUCGCAACUAAGUGAUACGGAAAAAGAAGAUAUCAAGAACCUUCUGAAUCAACCCUCAAAUAACCGAGUAUACAACGGUCUCAGAUACUCAUAAAAAUGCAUCAAUAUGCUAGCGGGACUUUAACACAUGGGCUUAAGCAUGUGCACCCAAUCGUAAACGAAAUAGGCUGAUAACAAAUUUAAUGUGUUUUUGCAUCUAGAACAAAGGCAUCGUUGUUUACGGGACUAAACAAUGCAACGGUCGCGCACACCAAUGUCGAACAUAGCUUUUGAUGUGAAAUUAUUGCAUCAAUUAAAAGAAA